AGCCCCCAGUUGCGAUCGCAGCAAGCUGGUCGACCUGUGUGUGCGAGCGAUUUUUCCUUUUCAUUCGUUUUUUCAAAAAUGGCCGAGUAGGACGUAGUUUUUAACCCCUCAGUGCAGUGCUCUCUUCGUCUUCAUGCUCUGUGUGUGCGCUGGUUUUUCCCCCUGAAGAUCCCAGAAGAAGCAAAUUCGAAGGCCAAGAACCUCCCAGAGCGUGUGCGUGUCCGCUGGAACCCGAAAAGAUCCGUCACCGUCGUCGUCGCGUUCCGUCGCGCAAGGCCUACUUUGCUGCGGAAGAAGCAAGGGGGGGUUAGCAAGGAAGCGAAGGAAAAGGGGAGGAACGUGUCCGGGUGGCCGCGGAACGGGAAUUCCGGGGUCUGAUUCCACGGGGUGUCCACGGUGGAUUUUUGGUGCCUUGCCCGGAAGUGGGGCCCGUAAUCCGUGUGCGUGCGUGUGUUGGAGUGUGGUGCGCGACAACACCGCGCGACUCCCGUCACAGAGAUCGAAGCAACCCGGUCCUGCCUGCGUCCAGUCUGAAGAAAGGAAAAGUCAAAAGUUCGGGGAAGAAAAAAGGUUUAAAGUUUUAAACAAGGCGAAAAUCAAUUCCGUUCUGCUGCGAAGUUGCGGGCCGAGGCUAAUUUUUGCUUCAUUUGGCAGAAAGCAAAAAGAGUGUGUGCUGUGCUGCCUUUGCCACUGCUGCUGUGUGCGCGUGUGUGUGUGAGAGAGAGAUAGUGUGCGCGAUAUUUUCCUCAAAGGGGAAAAAUAGCAGCAAAUCCAACAACAACAACAAAAAGAGGUUCCCCCGAAAUUGUUCCGGAAGUUGCCUUAAAAGUUCCUCAGCAGCGCGAGAACCAGUUCCGGAGAGAGUGUGUACUUGCUAGUGCUAGUCUGGCCAGCCGAAGAUAGUAACCAGAUGAGACCAAUCUAAACAGAGCCCCCCAAGUGUGUGUGUGUGACUUAGUGACCAACCAACCAACCAACCAACAAGAAGGGAACAAGAAGAACUCUGACCAAGUGGCUAGCGUGUGUUGUGAGUGAGAACGUAACGAACGCAAUUUAUGUAUUGCAGUAACCAGAGUAGUAUGGCUACUCUGUUACAGCAGAAGAGUUUUAUGAAAAAUCUGACCAAUGGAGCAAACAACGUGGUGGUCGUGAAUGGCACCGACGACAGCGCAACGACAAAUCCGGCGGUCGCGACCGUGGCAUCCGGCGGUUCGGUGGCCUCCCGGAUGUUGCUGCCCCACGAAACGAUGACGAUGCUGAGCCCGGCCGGCAGCACCACGCUCAUCCACCAGCAGCCGCUGAUCCACCAGCAAACCGUGCCGGUCACCACGGCGGCCAGCUUCAACAGCCAGUUCAUCAACCAUCUCCAGAGCAAUCACCAUUUGGCGUUUGGUGGCAGCGGCACGACCGUCGCGAACCCGACCACGUCCAUCCAGAGUCAGUUCCACAAUGCCUACGUCGACGUGAACUCAAUCUUCAACCGCUCGACGUCGGCGGCCACCACCAUCAGCAAUAGCAGCUCGUCCUUUGCGAUGGCCUCACCUCAUCACCACCACCUGCCACAUCUAGUAAGUAACGCUAGUUCCUUAGUGUACGCCAACGGGACCACCCAUCCGGCAGCGGCGGCGGCGUCCAAACACCACCACCACCAUCACCAACAACAGACUGUUCCCGAGAGCCAGACUGCCAACAGUGCGACCUCCGGCGGCGACGCCGUCAAGUCGGAACCCUCCGACGGCGGCUGCCUCGCGGACUCGCGUCUGGCGAAUCAACAAACACCCGCCACUGCCACUGCCACCGAGGACGACGACAAGACCGCCGUCGAGCCGGUCGAGUGCAAGGACGAGGAGCCCGAGCCGGAGAUUGACAUCGUCAUCAACAACGUGGUGUGCUCGUUCAGCGUCCGCUGCCAUCUGAACCUGCGCGACAUCGCCCAGAAGGGCUUCAACGUGGAGUUUCGGCGCGAGAACGGCAUGGUCACGAUGAAGCUGCGCCGCCCGUACACGACCGCGUCGAUCUGGUCGUCGGGGAAAAUCACCUGCACCGGGGCCACGUCCGAGGAUUCGGCGAAGGUGGCGGCCCGGCGCUACUCGCGGUGCCUUCAGAAGCUCGGCUUCAACGUGCGGUUUCGAAACUUCCGGAUCGUGAACGUGCUCGGUACGUGCAGCAUGCCGUGGGGCAUCAUGAUCGUCAACUUUAGCGAAAAGUACAAGAAGGACGCCAGUUACGAGCCGGAGCUGCACCCGGGCGUCACGUACAAGCUGUACAACCCGAAGGCCACGCUGAAGAUCUUCUCGACCGGGAGCAUCACGGUGACGGCGGCCAGCGUCGCGUUCGUGCAGAGCGCCAUCGAGCACAUCUUCCCGCUGGUGUACGAGUUCCGGAAGAAGCGCACCCCGGCGGAGAAGAUCGAGCUGCUGAAGCCGCCGGAGUUUGACCCGGAGGCGCUGAUCGAGGAGGAAUGUGAUAUCACCGAUGCCACGUCGGCCGCGUCGUUCGUCGGCGCCACGGUAGCAGGAGGAGAGGUAGGAGACGACGAGGACUGUUUUGACGGCAGCACCGGCACCGACACCAAAGCAAUAAACCACCACGCCCGGCGAAGCAACCGGAAGUGCGCGUCCCGGUACAGCAGCACCCGCGUUGGCCGGAGACGCCCCGCCGGCAAGGCGGACAACGAUCCCACCGAGGACGCGAUGUACGUGUCCGACGACGAUGACGACGACGAGGACGAUGACAUGAUCGAGAGCGAUUAGAGCGGGGUUAUAAAUGUAGAAAGAGAGAAUGAGACGGCCUGUGCCUCUAGCGGAAGUGAAGGGAGGUUCUUUACUAAUAGUUUCGUUCCGUUUUACUGCUUUACGAUCCUUCUUCCAUGCGAUUCUAUUCCGGAGAUUUUUUUUCCGGAGUUCUCAACUCCAAAGCUCGAGAACUCGAUUGGGAACCUAGAAAUGUGUUUUGUUUAUUUUUUUUCCUGAAAAUAUAACCAAUAAAAUGAUUCCAUUUACUCGACGAAGCUCCGGUGUCUGACUUGAGUGGUUCUCAAUUUGAUUCCGAUCAACGGGGGAAAAAAGGUGGAAAGAAACGAUGGAAGGACCGAUUUCCUUGCCGCGUUCCCAAAACCGAACGCAUUCCGGUGGGCAUUAUUCACACUGUGUAGAUACAUAUUUUGUUUAGGGCAAUCUUGUUUUCACUGUACAACAAAUUUGUGUUUUUUCUUUUCGUUUGUUUUUAUUUCCGUCGCAUUCUUUUUAAAAGAGAUCAAAUUUCGAAUUGCUUCUCAAUUUUGAGAAUUUAUGUUUCGCGCAGAGUCCUGCUUUUCGUGUAUGUUUUUGAGUUUUUUUGUUCUUCAUCGUUACGUAUAUUUUUUUGCGAAAGAGCUGUUUUUCGGUCCAAUGAGAGUUGUUCACUCGCUCAGUGUCGAUUGAAUCGCCUCCGCUCUCUUUUUUCGUUGCGAUUGUUGUGAAGAGAAAGAGAGAAGAGAGCGAAUGCGCUCUGGCACGGCUUGUGAGCGACGUUCGGAGCAAAUCAAACACUGCAAAAUGAUUCCACUGUUUUGUCACAAGCAAAGUUAUCACGGUACAGUUUAAAAUACUUAUGAUAUUGUUUAUUUCGUAGUAGUGUCCUGUUAAAUUUGAACGCUUUUUUUUCUUUUCUUUCUGUUUGUUUGCUUUAUUUGUUGUCAGUUAUUAUCAUUUAGAGAAAAAACUAAAAUUAUCAAAAAACUGCUCCCCAGUUUAAAAUUAGUAAAACGAAGAAAGAAAAAAAAAACGAGUGUCGAUGGAACUCAAACAUGCAAAGAUUUCAAAAACGACUCGAAAAAUAUAUUUUUUUCUCGACACUCGGAGCCGUUUACGAAUGCGUGUGCCAACCAACCAUAUCGCUUGCGAGCGCGUCAAUAUCAGAGAAGAGAAACUUUUUUUUCUUCAAAAUAUCAUGUUUUUUUUUAAAUAAAUAAAGAUGGGAUCAACGUGAAGGUCUUUUUGCUAGUAUUAUUUUCGGUAUCCCGGAACCUCUGAUGCGGCACCUUUGAAUUUUGCAUUUUCUUUUUUUUAUAGAAAUUUGUUGAUCAAUAAAGAUCAUUUUUGAAAAAUUGCAAUAAAAAAAGGCCAGGUGGUCUUAAAUAUGCAGUUUAAAGCAUUUUAAUUCAAAAACUCAACUUUUAAGCUCUUAAACUAAAAAAACAAUCAGAAAAAACAUAAAGUUCAUAAAUUCCUGAAAUCAAAAAUUUCCAAUUUAUAUAUUUUGGUUUAAGUUUCUUCAAUUUAAUUCUAAAAUUCCAACAUUUUUAAAUGAUUAAAAUCCCAUAAUGUCACAUUAUUGAAAUCUUAAAUUCCUAAAUUCUGUUUUUUUUUCAAUUUCCAUUUUUCUGUCUUUCUUUGCUCUUGAGUUAUUAAAUUUAUUGAUUCUUAAAUUUUUGAAAACUGGAAUUUGUUUUCAAAAAGGUCCGAUAAACCAAAUUUCCAUUUUUUGCUUUUUGGGUUUUUUUAAACCACCUUGAAUCAGGGGUAUUAAAAAACACCCAAAAAGCAAAAACUGAAAAUAUGGUUUAUUGGCCCUUUUCAAAAAAAAGAACUCCAAAAUUCUUCAAUUUUGAAAUUCAUAAAUUCUCAAUUUUUUUUAAAACUUCAUUUCUAAAAUUUCUCAAAAACCUUAAAUUCCUAGAUUCUGAAAUUCAUUUAAUGCAUCUUUUGAAAAAUAUUUGCAACGGCCUAAACAAUUCUAAAAAAAUGAACCAUUCAAAAAUAAAACAAUAAAAUUUUAAAACAAUCAAACUUGUAAAUGCUAAAAUUUUAAAAUUCCGUAGCAAGAAGCUAAUACUGAGAUUUUUUAAUUCAUAGAUUUCAUUUUUUUUAAUUAUUCAUGAACUCAAUUUUUAUAACAUGCUGGAAACAAAUUUUUAAAUUCCUAAAUUUUUAAAUUCUUAAAUUCUUCAAAUCUUUAAUUCUCAAAUUGCUCAAAAACCUUAAAUUCAUUAAAUACAUCUAUGUUUGAAAAAUAUUUGCAACGGCCUAAACAAUUUAAAAAAAAUUAAGUUUAAAAUCAUUCAAAAAUAGAACAAUAAAAUUUGUAAAUGCUAAAAUUUUAAAAUUCCGGAGCAAGAAGCAUAUACUGAGAUUUUUUAAUUCCUAGAUUUCAUUUUUUUAAAUAACUUAUUCAUGAACUUAAAUUUUUUAACAUGCUGGAAACAAAUUUUGAAUUUCUUCAAUUUUGGAUUCCUUAAAUUCAUAAAUUUUUAAAAAUUUAAUUCUCAAAUUUCUCAGAAACCUUAAAUUGCAAAAUUCUUAAAUUCAUUAUAUACAUCAAAAAAUAAUAAAUUCCAAAAUUCUAAAUUACUCUUAUUUUUUUUAUUCCAUGGUUUAAAAAAAUUAAAGAUGAACAAUUCUUUUAUAAAAAUCAAUAAAAACUAAAAAAAAUAAAACAAUACAAUUUUAAAACUAUAAAAUAUUAAAUUCCGGAUCAAGAAAAAUCAGCAAAUACUGUGUUUUUUUAUUUCCUAGAUUUAAAUUUUUUCAAAGAUAACAUAUUUAUGAACUUAAUUUUUUUAAUAUGCUGGAAACAAAUUUUUAAAUUCGUCAAUUUUGAUUUUUUUACAUUUUCAAUAAUUUUAUUUUUGAAUUCUCAAAUUUCUCAAAAACCUUAAAUGCCUAAAUUCCAAAAUUCAAGUCAUAUUUUUUAUUUCAUAAUUUGAGGGCAAACAGUUCUAAAAAUGUAAAAUUAAAAACAAUUUUAAAAUAUAAAAAUUAAAACAAUCCAGAUUUUUAAUCGAAAAUGGCGUUCGAAUGGUGAACGCCCGAAAUGUCAAAAUCACGCAGUGUUAGCAACAUUAAGGGUGUAAUGGCAUGAUCGCCACAUUUUUUUUUCUAAUGUUGGUGCUACUGCGUGGUUUUGACAUUUUGGACGUUCACCAUUCGAACGCCAUCUUCACUUAAAAACCUGGAUAAAAUUUUCAAGUGCUAAAAUUUUUAAAUUCUGGAGCAAGAAAAAUCAGCAAAUACUGAGAGUUUUUAAUUCCCAGAUUACAAUUUUUUUUAAAGAACUUCAAUUUUUUUAACAUGCUGGAAACGAAAAAUUGGAAAUUUAUGAAAUUCAAAAUUUAAAAAAAUAAUUCAUAAAUUUCAUCAUUGAUAUCUUUCAUUUUUUUUCUCUCAAGGUGAGAGCUCAGUGAAAAUCGCUCUCUUUUUUUAAUUUCAACAUGUUGCAAAAAUUCAAAGUUUCGCAAAAGAGGCCGGAUUGUGAAACAAAUAUAUCCAAAACGAAGCCAAGUCAAUAUCACUAGUUUUUAUUGAAAACUCAAAACACCGAAUAUAGUUUAGGAAAUUUAAAAAAUCAACAACAAAUCACACACACUCACUCUAAAGAUAGAAAUGCGAUUUGAGGAAAUUGCAUUAAAAAUUCAAUAAAACAUGUCAAUUCUUGAUUAUGGUUGAGAGAUAUUCUCUUAAUUUUGUUUCUGUUUCUAAACAGCGCGCUUUAUUUUUUCGUUUUACGUUGCAGCUUUUGCAUAUUGAGAAGAAAGUCAAUCCGAGAGAGAGGGAGAGAGUUGGUGGGGAGAAUAUUAUUGAAAAAAAUAUUACAUUAAAUGAAACCACAAACACAUACAAUCAAAAAAAGAUUGAUAAAACUACUUGCAGCAGCAUGCUGGGCGUGGAAACGUGCGCGAAGGAAUUUGAACUAAAGGUGAGGGCAGCAAAAAGCAGUAGUGAAACAUAUGAAACAAGAAAACAAAAGUGCUUUUUUGUAAAUUAUAUGAUAAUAUAUAUACGCAAAUAACUCGUAAUAAGAAUGGAGGAAACAAUUUAAGAGUAAAACAAAAAAAAAACUAAAAUCCAACAACGGGUUACGUCAGUUGAAGGAUUCGAUAGAAAUAGCAGCAACAGCAGAGCGAGCGAGCGAGCGAACACACGCAAGAGAGAGAACAAGAUAAAAAUAACUCAUAGGAACGAUAAGCAACACAGUAACGAGCCUUUCCCCCCCUGUUUGAAACAAUGAAAACAAAACAAAAAACUACUCACCUUUACUCAUACUAAACAAUGACAAAAUACACGAGAAAUUUAGUCCCAAAAGUCACUUACCACAGUAACCUAUGAGGUUCCUUCCCCCUCCAACCGUCAUAUUUGUCCUAAUCUUCUGUCAGUUUCAUCCACUGUGCUGAAAACAAUAACGUUAAGAAAGUAAACAAAAAAAAGAUGUUAAGUAAACAAAAAAUAACGUAAAGCAUGGAACAAGUGGUAGAGUUUAAACAAAAAAUCAUUCAAAGUAAUAAAUAAAAGAAAAUUGAAAGUAACGAAAACAAAAAAAACACAAGAAAAGAAAAUUGUAAGAGUGUAAGUGACAAACCAAAGACUUAUAAGUAAUUUAUAAUAAAGAAAAAGAAACAUGCAGAAACAAGAGUAAAGGAAAACACUCCCAAACACACACACAUACAAUACAUACACAUGUGAAAAUCCUACUAUAGUGACAGUGGAAAAGAAUAAAAAGCAUAAACAAAACAACUCUUGUGGUGAAACAGAAGAGAAAAACCUAAAAAAUAAUCAAUUAUUACUGCAAAUACAACAAAAAGAAAAACACACAAACACUCUUAAAAAAAUAGCUGUUAGCAAAAGGUGUAUUCGAAAAGAAACAAAAUUUGAAACGAAAGGCCAACCACUCAUAUUCUCACACACUCAAACACAAUCACACACAAACACACACAUCCAAACCAAUGAACCCAAAACACUAUCGGAAAUCUCAGCCAACAUACCUUUUUUGUUUGUUUGUUCAACGGUCGAAACUUUGGUGAAAAGAAAAGAAUUAAUAAGAAUAAACACAAUGAAACACGAAAAAACAAUGAGAACGGAGCAGAGCACAAUUGGUCGUGGUCGCGCGGGAAAGUGAUAGAUAUCGUUAUAUAUUCAAUUAACAUAUUUAUUAAAAAGAAAAAACAAGCAGCUGUGCAAAAAGCUGCACUUUAAAACAAAGAAAACGAAACGUAAAAAAAAGUUACAACAAAUUGUCUUUUCUAAAGUGCCCAUAUCACUUUCCCUGUGGUUUGCAGAAAAAAAACGGAAUAAAGAAUAAUUAAAUGGAAGAAAA